AUGCUUGCUUUGUAUUCAGCAGCUCUGCCCUCUACAAAAUGACUUUACAAAGUGUUACAGCCUUUCAUUUAAUUAUCUUUCUCUUAUAUUUACGCCAUGGAGAAGCUGAGAAAUCAUGUCCAGAUGUAGCUUGCAGGGAAGGAGGUCCUUCCGUCCGUUUUCCCUUUUGGCUUAAAGAUCGACAGCCAGAGAGUUGUGGUUACCCAGGAUUUGAAUUAUCCUGCUCUGAGAGGAACGAAACACUGAUUGAAUUUCCAUAUUCAGGGCAGUUUUCCGUGCCUGUAAUAGAUUACGAGAUGCUGAUAAUUUACAUCGGAGACCCCCAGGGUUGCAUGGCGAGAAGGCUUAAAAACUUGACCGUCACUGGUAGUCCUUUUACGAAUUACUGGCUCGACUAUUACGUACUGCUCAACUGCUCGUCAAGAAUUCAAAGGUCAUACCCAGAAACAUUCCUGAUAGAUUGUCUCAGCAGUUCCAAUCAUCUUGUUUAUGCUGCCUUUUCUUCAACUUACAUGAGUCUUGAUCUUCUAUUUUCUUGCCACUUUAUUGCAAAUGUUACCUUAUCUUAUAUGGACUAUUACGACCGAUAUCUCUUGGAACCAACUCCUAAUUUUAGUUAUUUUUACGACCCUUUGACUCCUAAUUUUGCAAAACUGUCGUGGGAAUUUCUGGGUUGCGGUUUUGAUUGUCAUGAAAAAGGAGGAAAAUGUCGAUUGAAGGGAAAUAAUAGUUUACAAGUCGAAUGUUUCAAUGAAUAUAGUCCUCCAAAUGGAAUUCGCCAGAAUGAAGGACCUAUCAUCAAACAGAAAUCAGCAGGGCAUAUCAUUAAAGAAGUAAGCAUCGGAAUUUCAAUCGGAAUUCUUACUCUAACGCUCAUGGUCACAUUAAUUAUCUUGUACUUGAGAUCAAGAAGAGCAGAGGCGGAGGAGAAUCGAAAGAAAAUUAAGAAAUUUUUGGAAGAUUUUAGGUCUCUCAAUCCAACAAGAUACUCAUUUGCAGACAUUCAAAAGAUGACAAAUGAAUUCAAGCAGAAGCUAGGCCAAGGAGGCUAUGGAAGUGUAUUCAAGGGUGAGCUUGAAAAUGGAGUACCGGUGGCUGUGAAAGUACUGGACAACUCCAAAAGCAAUGGAGAAGAUUUCAUUAAUGAAGUCAGUACAAUUGGAAGGAUUCAUCAUGUCAAUGUGGUUCGAUUAUUGGGUUAUAGUGCAGAUGAAUCAGACCGAGCUCUCGUCUACGAGUUCAUGCUAAAUAAGUCACUAGAUAAAUUUAUUUUUCCAGCGAAUUCAAGGAGGCCGAAGCUUAGUUGGGGAAAGCUUCAAGAUAUUGCCAUUGGUGUUGCCAGGGGAAUCGAGUAUCUUCACCAGGGAUGUGACCAAAGAAUCCUGCAUUUUGAUAUCAAGCCACAAAAUAUCUUGUUAGACAUGGACUUCAAUCCCAAGAUAUCAGAUUUUGGCUUAGCGAAGCUUUUUCCGAAGAAGGAAAGCGUCGUGUCCAUAACUGCUGUCAGAGGGACCAUGGGUUACAUUGCACCAGAGGUUUACUUCUCCGGGAACAUCGGAAAUGUAUCAUAUAAAACAGAUGUUUACAGUUUCGGCAUGCUGUUAUUUGAAAUGGUUGGAGGUAGGAAAAACAAGGAUCUGACAGUGGAAAACACAAGCCAAGUUUACUUUCCUCAGUGGGUUUACGAUCGCCUCGCAAGUGGGGAGGAUUUGGGAAUUAAAGGGGAAAAAGAUGGAGAUGCUGACAUUGCGAAGAAGUUAUCAAUUGUGGCGAUCUGGUGCGUACAAUGGGAUCCGAGCGAUCGUCCUCCGAUAAGCACUGUAAUUCAGAUGCUGGAAGGAAGAAAAGGAAGCUUACCCCUACCACCGGAUCCUUUUGCUUCCCUCAGCUCGGAAGCAAGUGACAUGAAUGUCCCAUAAGCAAGCCAUUCCUGGUCAGAAUGAAAGUGCACUUGUGCACCAGUGAACUUAAGGACUCCUAUUUCGCAUCAUUAUGAAAGAAUUGUGAACUAUAGUGAUAAUUUGUGUAAUAUGGUAGUAUUCUGUUAAUCAGUUUGACACUUAAGCAUUGUCAUGUUAAGAUACUGUGACAGUUCCAAAUUGUUAAUCGCAGAA